AUGCAUUCUGUCCCAUGUGCUUCGGGAAGCUUCUCCCUGGAGAAGAAGCUCUCUGGACCACUGCUGCAGGUGUCAGCCCAGGGCAGGGGCUGGGCAGACUGCCUCCCCAUGCUCAUAGGGGCUUGGCUGGGUGGGAGAGGGGGUGGCGAGAGGGUGGAGGGGGCCACGCGUCGAGGACAGCCUCGGGGUCUGCAGGGCAGCGCCAGCCACUCCAGUCAGUGCUUGUCCUUCCUGGUGCCUGGGGAGCACCGCGGCGAGAAGGGAGUCUGCCCGCCGCCUGCGCUCUUCUUUCUCUUUCAGGAGUCAUUCUUGUCGGGCUUUAAAAUAGAAAGGCAGCAUCUUUCCUCGAGCUACAUACCUAAUAACCAAAACUGUGAGGAAGGCAGUCCCAUCAGAGGGUCUGGGAUGAUCUGUUUCUUAUUUGGUUUUUCUUCCUUCUGCCCCUACACUCCAUUCCUCGUUUUAGAGGAAGGAGCGGGUCUGACCCGACCACCUGAGGGCUUCGGCCUUCCCUGCCUCAGAGCUGGCCCUCACCUGGACCACACCAUGGGUUUAGUGGUGGCCCUUGGAGGGGAGCGGGCCUUCACCUGUGUGGCAGGGCCAGGGCGGGGGGAGCCAGGGGGUGAGGGCUUGGCCCCCGCUCCUGACGCAUGGCCAGAAGGAGCCGCGGCCACCGCUCUCCUGCCGUUCUCUCAGGGACUCUCGUCCGGGCCCGGCACCCAGUCCAGGCAGAGCAGGGCCGGCCGGGCCAUUGUCGCCAGACCCCUCCCAGGCCGUGUGACCCCGGCUUCCCCGACUCCUUCCAGGCAGGCUCACAUCUCUGGAAAUAGCUUUGGUAAAGGGGCGUGGGGGUGCUUUCUGGCCCCCCCCCCCCUUGGUGUAGGUCCUCCCUGGAGUGGCUUCAGGCAUUUUAAUGCCGGAGCUUGUGAAGGUGACAGAAGAGGGUCCAGGCUGGUAACCUGA